AUGAUAAUUGAUGGAGAAAAGUAUGCUUGCGAGGCCUGCGUCCGCGGCCACCGCGUGAGCAAUUGCCAACAUUCUGACCGCCCACUUCAGCAUAUCAACAAGAAGGGUCGACCAGUUUCCCAAUGCGCUCACUGUCGCGCCAUGCAGACAUGUUGCUGCAACCACGGUGGCCACUGCAGCUGCUCCCACAAGAACGAGCCUGCUCUUGACACCGUUCCCGAAUCUGACUCGGAGCGCGAGUCUUUGACCCUUAGUAUUAGUGGCCGUCCGAAGCCUCCGGGUCGACGACGACGAGCCAACACGGUCCACUCAGACGGUGUCUUGACUUUCGACCAGCACGGCAACCACAAGCCUGCUCACCGAAGCAACCGGGUUUCGCAAAAAUGUGGCCCGUAUCAGCUUAACAGGGUGAACUCGGCUCACAGCACUGGCAGCUUAGGCGCCGACAGCAUGCUGCAGAAGAGCACACGGGAACCUCCCAGUAGCCGAGCACGCGCUGCUACCAACCGAGAGCGUAGGGUCAAAUCAGAAACCGCAUCGCCCCUGAUGAGCGGUGCGAGCAGCUUCCAGAACCUCAAUGGCAACCUGCCUCCUCUGGAUCUUUCAGGCAUUGAAUACCCUCCUUAUAUGGCUAACAGUACCUUUGAUCUGUUUGGAUCUGGUUUCAAUUCAGAGACAGACGCCCCCAUGUACAGCGCUGGCCUCAGUGCUGCUUCAGUCGACUGGAGCCACUAUGAUCUUUCAGAGAUGAAGGGCGAGAGUUUCACGCCUUCCAGUUAUAGCCAGGCUGGCACUCAGAGUUUCAAUGGCCUCUUCGAUUUCGGUAGCGGUUCAGAGCACCUUCCUCACUUGGCAAACACUACAUCGACCUCGGGCGAGGUGUCCGAAGUGGAAGAUUUUCUUCCCGGAGGAGACGGCGACUAUGACGGCCUGGAAGGAUUCAGCCGUGCCGAUAGCUUCAUCCGACAGAACGGCAACGUGAUGGCCAACUCGACCGAUCUCACUACCAUCGACUACGACAACUUCUACAAGGGAGCAGACAGUGGCCCUAUGGCAGGAGCGGGUCUAUCCAUGGUUGAGGAUGACCCUGCCUUCUGGAUGCCCAACUAUAAUGAGGGCAUCACUACAAUGGACGAAAGCCCCGACCCUCUCGGCCCUGCUUCAGUGCCUAGCUUCUGGGGCAUGUGA